GGCGACACUGAUGAUUUAUAUAAUUCUGGUCUGGGUAAUAAACACACACACACAUAAACAUUCUCGAUUUUUUUUUCGCAUUUUACGACAUCAAUUCAUUUUCUGAAAUAUUCAAUACUAAUGAUUCUAAAAUGACAAUUCUAUGAUGAAUGUUUGAUAGCAAUCAUUCGAGAAUUUAGUCGCUUAAUUAAAAACAAACUACCGUGAUCAAUUUUUUCCAAAACCGAUAUUUGUCGUCAUCACUUCUUAUAUUACAUUAAUACUUUAAUUUCUACGUUUAAUACAAAGUCAUUUACAGUUAUGGGCAAUCUAUUAUCAUAUUUUAAAUCUUUAUUCGGUUCGCGUGAAAUGCGUAUAUUAAUACUCGGUUUAGAUGGUGCCGGUAAAACGACCAUCCUAUAUAGGCUUCAAGUGGGUGAAGUGGUCACUACAAUUCCAACUAUCGGUUUCAAUGUCGAACAAGUCACAUAUAAGAAUUUGAAAUUUCAAGUUUGGGACCUUGGUGGUCAAACAUCGAUUCGGCCGUAUUGGCGUUGUUAUUAUUCAAACACUGAUGCCAUUAUCUAUGUUGUCGAUAGUAGUGAUCGUGAACGAAUAGGUAUUUCCAAACAAGAAUUAGUGUCCAUGCUUGAGGAAGAAGAAUUAAAAAAUGCCAUACUAGUAGUGUUGGCCAAUAAACAAGAUAUGGAAAAUGCAUUAUCAGUGGCCGAAGUACAUAAUGAACUUGGUCUUGAUGUGCUAAAGAAUCGUACAUUUCAAAUAUUUAAAACAUCAGCCAUUAAAGGUGAUGGUCUUGAUGAGGCCAUGGAGUGGCUAUCAAAUUCAUUGACAGCGAAUAAAUAAUCUCGUCGAUGAUGGUGAUUAUAAUGAUAAAAAUGUCCGAUUUUGAUUUUAUACAUCCGAUUAUAUUCAAUACAAGUGGGAUUUUUUCUUCUUUUUUCAUGACCAAAAAAAAA